AUCUCACUUAAAAUGCAGCUAAGCAAAUUUUAAAACUAGGAGUUAAUUUUGUGUUAUCUCCAUUUUUUGUAAGAUUCCUUUGUUAAAAUCAGGAGAUGACAUCCAGUUUGUUUUAUUCAUAUAGAAUGGUUGUGAACCAAUUAUGUGUACAUUUUGUCAUGUAAUCAAAUAAAUAUGAAAAGUGAUUACAAGAAUUAAUAUUUUCUUUUGACAAAAGAAUGGGUUGUGCUUCUUAUUUUGAAACCAUACUUUCCACGCUUUCCUCACAAGAUUCAUUUGAAAUAUAACAUACAUUUGAACCGAGAACUUUCAGACGGGAAAGUUUAGAGAAAAAGAACUUUGGAAAAUUUCUUUCGGACGCAUAAUCGAGAUGUUCGGACAACAAAAACCUUUGAAAAAACAGUUUUUGGAUGGUACCAUAAUAUAUAUAUAUUAAUAUCAAACCCUAAUCUAAUAUGAUUCAAUAUCUAUAUAUUAAAUCCAACUGCACUGUUAAGGGAUCAUCAAUUAAGGGAUCAGAUGUUUAUCAAAUGAAAUGAAAAUGCCAGCUCAAACCACUUUGCGAGGUUGACAGUAAUACAGAUUAGCCCGAAAAUUCAGAUCAUCAUUUUUAUUUUUUUUUAAAAACGUUCAGAGGGCAUUAACCCCCUCCUUCCCAGCGUACGGUUUGUAGACUCGUGAAAAUGGUGAUGUAAAUGGAUGAUCUCUAAGCUAAUUUAUACGGGGCAACUUUAACUAGCUCUAAAGGUGUAACGGGCAAAGACAAUAAGAGAAAAUAGAGAACAGCAAGAAAGAACUAUUAAGGAAAGGUUAAAGAAAUCCAGAGGAUCACGAUGUUUGAGGCGGAUUUUUCAAUAUUUGUAAGAAGUAAAAUGAACUCUGCAUUGCAUAGCAAAGAAUCAAGCUAAAAAAUCAUAGUAGAAGGUAGGAACACCUCAGGGGGAAGAUUUCAAAGUACCAGAAUUGGCAAUGUUACUGUUGAGCUUGGCCCGAAUUGGAUUCAUGGAACGGAAAACAACCCUGUUUAUGAUCUGAUUCGCCGCUUUGGGAUUCGGGGCCAACAUGAAGACACCAGCUCAAUCAUGUCGAAAAACAUUGAUGGUAAAGACAUAACAACUGCUUUCAGAAAAAGGCAGCAAAUACUUAAAAAAACAAUGGCUAGUUUGGAUAGUUCGAGAUACUCAAACUUGUCAUUAAGAGAGGCAUUGACACUCAACGGUUGGACAAACAGAACUGCUAUUGAUAAUUUGGUCGAAUAUGUAGUUAUUGAUGACAUGGAAGGAGUUCCACCAGAAUUAUUGUCAGUCUCACAUUUUGUUAAACAGUCUGGUAUAAACACAAAACUCGGCAGACAGUUUUUCAUUACAGAGCAAAAUGGAUACAAAAAGCUCAUCGAUGGUUUAGAAGAACUAGCAUUACAAGGUGAUUCCACCAAACUAAAGCUGGAUCAUGAAGUAAAAAAGAUUCAUUGGAACAAGUAUGGGGUGAGAGUUGAAACUUCCAAUGGAAAAGUUUUUACAGCUAAAGUUUUGAUUAGCACAGCUAGUAAUGGUGUUUACCAUAAUUCCCCACAUUUGUUUUAUCCAAAGCUCCCUAAAUGGAAACAAGAUGCACUGUGGAAAUUCAAAAUGGCAACAUACACAAAGAUCUUUCUUAAAUUUCCCUAUAGAUUCUGGGAUAAUGUUGAGUAUAUAUUUUAUGCAGCUGAAAAGCGAGGUACUUUCCCUGUGUGGCAGAGUUUGGAUGCAGGAAAUAGAUACAAUAAAAAUACAAACAUGCUUUUGUUGCCAGUUACAGGACAAGAAUCAUAUAGAGUUGAGCAAAUGAAAGAAAAUGACUUAAUCAAAGAAAUAAUGAGUCAGGUAAUGUCAGUUUAUGGCCCAAAUGUUCCCUGGCCAACUGAUAUUGUGGUUCCUAAAUGGAGUUCUAAGGAGCAUUUUUAUGGAUCAUUUACAUAUUUACCUGCUUUUACAAGUCAUGCUGAUUUUGUUGCAUUGAGAGCAAAUGUUGGGCCAAUCUUUUUUGCUGGUGAAGCUACUCAUGAAGUACACCAAAGUUACAUUCAUGGUGCAUAUUUUGAAGGUAUAAACAGGGCAUGUGAUGCAAUACAAGCUCUAAGAGGCUUCCUAGAUGUUUCUAGUGGUCAGUUUGACUACAAUUAUUACGAUAGUUGUCUCAGAGACUCAUGUAACUGUUGUUCCAAAUAAGAAAAGUGACUGCCAGACUUUAAGACUAUGCAGUCACAAAGCAUGGCCUACAAAUGGUAGAAGUAGUGUUAAAUCAAUAGUGCAUUUUGAUGCACAGUUUUGAAUUAUUUAUCCCUAGAUCACCUCAGGUCUUCCAGGGUGCCCCUCCUUAGCAUGAAAUGCUCAUAGAUUUUCACACCAGUUAUUUUAGUUGGUUUGCGUUGUAUUUGAUUUUUGAUUGUUCUAAAGUAUUUUGAAAGUUUUAAACUCUGAAAGUAUUUCAUAAUUAGUAGAUUUUUGUGUAAAUUCCCAAAAAGAAUUUAUUUUCAAUAUUAUGGAUUCUGUUUUUGCAGUCAUUGCUCUUGGUAUCAUAGGGAAUGUGUAGCAAUUGCCAAGCACUUUAGCACACUCAGGCAAUGGUUCAAAACUGUUUUUGAUAAGGUGUCCUUGUCAUUUGUUCAUAGCUUUACAAAACAAGCUUCUUCUGAAUCAAUUGAGAUAUAUUUCAAUGCAUUUCUGUAGAAGUUUGGAAUUUCCAAUAAAGGAAGAUGGUUCCCCUUGAAGCACAAUGGUAAAUCAUGCGCUUCUCAAAAUCCUCAUGGAAUAAUCAAAUAUGAGUUUUUACAAUUGUUGGCAACAUUUACAUCACAGUGUCAAUCACAACAAUUGGGGCUAAAAUGGGCAAGAGGAAACUUUCUUGACAUUACUGGCCCCUACAAUUUAGGAUAAAUGGCACCAGCUCUUCAUCAUAAGCAGAAUAGGAUAGAGAAUUGAGCCUUGUAGCACUCUGGUUCAGGUUGUGGAAAUUACGAAAAUUUAUCAUCAUGGAAAGGAAAUUUUUCUAGCAAAAUAUUGCCUAGUUAAACAUAGCAAUGUCCCUCAAUUUUGAUGAUCUCAACAGAUAUAGAAUCCCAACGGUUUGGUGAGGAAAUGAAGGACACUUAGUCCAUUCCUUAUAAAUGAUACAUAGCCAUGAAAUGAGGCAAAAAUAGCAUGGUGUUAAGAGUUUCUCAUUGACAGUGCCCAUCAAACCUCCCACACUGCAAAAAGACCCAACGGCCAUGGGCCCCCAGGGCCAAUUCCAAUGGGGGCUGGGGUGGCCAUGGCCUCGCCAAUUUUUUCUAAAGCAAAUGAUUGCAAAGCUGCAAUAAAAGAUGAAAGAAGUCUUGACCCCCCACUUUUGUUAGCCUUGCCCCCAGUUAAACUUUGUGGCGUGGGCCCUGCCCCCUAGUAGUUUGCAACUUCGACGCACAUCUCUGGAGCGUUUUUGAAACCAUCUAAACAGAGAUUUAGUGGUGGGGGGCUCAGGGGGGUGCAGCCCCCCUUGUUAAAAUUUUCGAAAAAAGUGGGGGGAAAUUGGAUGGAUGUAACCGAGAAUCAUGUAACGCAAAGAGAGAUGUGAAGAACUGUUGCUUCAUCACAGGUCAGCUAUUGACGAUUAAACAGGCAAAGGAAACAAGAACAAUUGACAAAUUUAAACGCAUCACAAACUUUAUAUGCAUGAAAUAUGUGCAAAGUUUGACAUAUAGAGAUGGAAAAUAUCUGUUUUGUUAACACAACAGAAAAUGUGUCAAUUCAAAAUCCAACCAAUUGGUUAUUAAUUUUUAAAAAAGUUCUUCUUAUCCAUGCUAUAAAUAUUUUAUAUGCAUUUUCUUGCCAUUUUUAGAAUGUCAUGUCUCAAAACUUUUCUUCGAAGUCUCCCCCUACCCUUCCUACGGUAUCAAUGUUCUGAUCUCAGCUACCGCUAAAACAAUGUACCCCGCUGCUCAACCACGAUGGGAAAAAACUUCAACCCUUGUCAUAUUCAAAUUGCAAUUAUUACAUGACAAAGAACAACUUGGAAAUUUCAUAUAGCCCCCCUUGUUAAAAUUUUACGACUACAUCCCUGGAUCUAAAGUGACACUCCUGUAGGUCUUCUUUGCAUAUUUUG